CAGUUGCAGCUGCCAUGGCCCCGCCCUGGGUGCCCGCCGUGGGCUUCACGCUGGUGCCCAGCCUAGGGGGCUUCCUGGGUUCCCACUUUGUCCGUGGCGAGAGCCUGCGCUGGUACGCCAGCCUGCAGAAGCCCUCGUGGCACCCGCCCCGCUGGGCACUGGCCCCUGUGUGGGGCACGCUGUACUCGGCCAUGGGAUAUGGCUCCUACCUGGUCUGGAAAGAGUUGGGAGGCUUCUCAGAGGAGGCUGUGGUUCCCCUGGGCCUCUACACAGGGCAGCUGGCCCUGAACUGGGCAUGGCCUCCCAUCUUCUUUGGUGCCCGACAAAUGGGUUGGGGCCUGGUGGACCUCCUGCUGCUGGGCGGGGUAGCAGCAGCCACGACCGUGGCCUGGCACCGAGUGAGCCCGCCGGCUGCCCGCCUGCUCUACCCCUACCUGGCCUGGCUGGCCUUUGCAGCCACGCUCAACUACUGUGUAUGGCGUGACAACCGCGGCUGGCGUGGGAGCCGGCGGCUCCCGGAGUGAGUGGCCAGCCCCCUGAGGACCACAGCUGCCACCAGGAGGUGCCAUCCACGGUGGUGGCCAUCACGCUUUCAUGGCCCCUGGGCUUGCUGGUCUGUCCGCGUCUCGGCUCAGGGGGCCAGCAGCAGCUUCAGAGGUGGUCAUGGCUGAGCUCAGGCGAAGAACCGCUCUGCACUUUCUGCAAUGCUCAGAGCAUGCUCUCGGGAUGUGGAGUUUUAUAAACCAAAUAAAGUUUUUAGUCUCCUGCA